UCAGGCUGGUGACGUAACACUCGGCUCUCGGGAGAUCCAGACGUGCCGGGAGCCGGGAGCGAGGAUGGCCGACUCGCGAGUGUUCCUGCUGUCCUGCCCCGUUCAGCAUUAUGCCUGGGGGAAGUUGGGCUUUUCCAGCGAAGUGGCCCAGUUGCUGGCAAACAGUGACCCAAUGAUGGUCCAAAUUCAAGAGGACAAGCCAUAUGCAGAGAUGUGGAUGGGAACCCACCCCCGGGGUGACGCUGUGAUUCCUGACACUGAUAUUUCGGAGAAGACCCUGGGGAAGUGGAUUGCCAACAACUUGCCUUGCUUAGGGAACAGUGUCAAAAAAACCUAUGGAAAUCUGCCUUUCCUCUUCAAAGUGCUAUCUGUCAAUACAGCCCUUUCCAUCCAGGCACAUCCCAAUAAGGAACUGGCAGCGAAGCUUCAUGCCCAGGCCCCUGAACACUACCCAGAUAAUAACCACAAGCCAGAGAUGGCCAUUGCCCUUACCCCUUUCCAGGCCUUAUGUGGCUUCCGGCCUGUCCAGGAGAUCGUGGACUUUCUUCAGAAGGUGCCAGAGCUCCGGCUGUUGAUUGGCAGUAAGGCAGCAGAAGAGCUGGAGCAGAGUGUGGGCCAAGACCUCCAGACUAUCUCUUCUGCUCUUCGAGUCUGCUUCACCAAAAUGAUGAAGAGUGAAAAGGAGGACUUUGAGGAGCAGCUCCACAUCUUGGUGAAGCGCAUCUCUCAGGAAGUGGCAGAAGGGAAAGAUGUGACAGACUGUAAUGGGGCACUCCUCCUGAAGCUUCACGAACAGUAUCCUGGUGACAUCGGCUGCUUUAUCAUUUACUUCCUGAACUUGGUGAUGCUAAAACCAGGGGAAGCCAUCUUCUUGGAGGCCAAUGAGCCCCAUGCCUACUUAAAUGGAGACUGUGUGGAGUGUAUGGCAUGCUCAGACAACACAGUGCGAGCUGGCCUGACACCCAAGUUCAUUGAUGUGACAACCCUAUGUGACAUGCUCAACUACACUCCGGCCCCAAGUAGUUCAAAACUCUUUCCUCCCGUGGCUGAUGAAGUUGACCCUUAUGUUUUCAUCUACAAUCCACCUGUACCUGAAUUUGCAGUUUUACAGAUCAAGGUUCCUUCUACCACUCGCUUCUACACGGUUACCAACAUAGAGUCAGCCAGCAUCCUCCUGGUGGUGAAGGGAAAAGCAAAGGGUAACCCGGCAGUAUCCAAGUCUGAGCUCUCCUUGCAGCGUGGCACUGUAGUCUUCAUUGCAGCCAAUGAGUUUCUCUCAUUGGAACUCAGUCCAGAGGAGGACUUGCUGAUGUUCCGAGCCUGCUGUCUGCUCUAGCCUCGCCAUGGUUAGCCCCGUAGUCUCCCGCCAGCCCAUGUUGUGUCUGUGUUGUGUCUAGGAGCAGCUCCAAGAAAGUAGGCUCAAGGAUCAUGCCAGCUGUUGUUCCUUACCUUGCUCCCAAAAGCCCUGGCCCAUCUGGAGGAGCUGGGGAAGGGACCUGUUCUACACAGGUGGGACAACAAUCUGUCCACCAGUGGAAGAGGGAUAUACAUGCUGUAUCUCUGGAAUUAUUUAAGCACACAAUUAAAUGUUGACUGCCCCUCAAAGAUGCUGUACUGGGCGGGAUGUUGGACCUAAUCCCCUCUCCACUCUAAGGUUCUAGGAUUUAACACCAGUCUCCCUGUUACUACCCUUGGCAGAAGUCCAUGGCACAACAUGGCACAGGACACCCCUGUUGGAGACACUGUGCCUGCUGGGCCUGAUGCUCCGAAACCUGAGCAAGGCCUUUUUCUCCCCCUCAUUUGCUUCAGUUUCUUAUUCUGUAGUGGGAUCGAGCGGAGGGCUGGUAGCAGUGCUGAGCACAUUCCUCCGAAGUUUGCAAUAAGCCUCUGUUGGGCAGACCAGUGAGGUGGGGAUGUAUGGUUUCUAUAGAAGGGGCUUCUCCACCACUGGACACGAUGCCACAACCCUCAGGGGAUGGCUGGUCCAAUCCAGAAUGGGCUGGCAUGCUAGCACUUGUUUUCCUCCCUCCAAAGCUCGCUAGAGUGCCCUGCUUCUGGCAGGCUUCCAACAAGCGUCUGUUGAGUUGACACGCUAGUUCGCUUUGGUGUUCCAAUGGUUUUGAUUUUGACCUUAAGCGUCCACAGGAGGAACUUCUGUCAAUGCAAGUCAGCAUCCCACAGAGCUGCCUAGAGCUGAGGGGCCAAGCUGAGCCAGCCAGGAUCUGAUGGGGGAACUUGAAUCUGGGUCUCCUGUAAUGGGCUCACCAGGAGGUUGCCUGAACUCUCAACAGAAAUACCAGGGCUAGGGAGGUGCAUGUCCCUGUGUUGAUAAAAACUCUGUGCCAGGGGAUGGCAGAAUGGGGACAUCACUUUCCAAGAUGCCAGACCUGAUGUGAGUUUGACUUCAGACCCUUUGUGAGGUCCAACAAGCACGGGACAUUACGCUGGACAUCUUGCUGCCCAGUUUGCUGACAUUCAAGAAAGGGUCGGUGAUCAGGAGAGCUGGGCCCACGUUCCCUAGCCCCAAGCAGCUCAGGGAAGUGUCAGGUGGGUGAUGGCAGAAGCUGUUUUCAGGUAAUCCAGCAGCUGCUGUGUAUCAUUCACAGGGCCCAGGCUGAACCCACACAUCCGAGGUGACAGUGCCCAAGGCCUGACAGUGUCGGAGCUAGGCCCUUGCCAGCAUUAAUAGUGGGAGGAAUCAGGAGUGGGUACAAGAAAAAUAGCCAAAUGGAUCCCUAGCUUGGGUGGCCUUUGUGAUGUCAUGACCCAGUGGUUUAGGAGAUAGCUAGCUAGCCUCAGAGCCCAUGAGACCUGUAUUUAGUUUUCUCCUCACUGGCCAGGUGACCAGGGCAAGACAUCAACCCUUUCGGUGCUCUGGACAGUGACAAGAGAAGAGAGAUUUCCUGUAGCAAUAAAAGCCCAGGUCUGGCCUCUUAUCCCUCAGGGCUGUGAGUGAUCGAGCACCUGCUGACACAGCAGCUACAGCUGAGGGGCAUGCCAGUGCCCCAAUUCCUAGUUCCUGCAGGGAGGAACAGAGAUCUUCCUAGGAUCCACAGGUCCAGAUCUUUCAUCUCUCACCUGGGGGCUACAACACUGACACACACACAGGUCCUGUAGCAUGAAGAAAUUUAUUGAUGUUAUAAACUCUGCUCAUGAUAGAAAACUCUAAGCCAUACACAUCUCUGAAUAUACAUACUAUAUACACACCACAUAAACCCACCCCAAGACUGAGUAGUCCAAACCAACCGGUCCGUUUUCCUAAGUGUACUGAUUGUCAGUUGCAGAGCACCAGAAGGUGAGGGACCCAAAGCAGCCCCAUCACUGGCGGUGCGCCCGAGGCCACGGGACUUUAACCAGCAGCCUGGUCUGACAACAGGUCAGGGUGGCUCCAGGCAGACCCUGUCUUGUUGACUACACUUUUCUUUUCUUUUUUUUUUUGACUACACUUUUCAUAGCCAGCCAUUCUCUUACAAGUUCUACGCAGUGCACUUACAGCUUCCUGUUAGAAUGGAAUCCCCACUGAUCUCUGAGGCACCAUGGGCACUAGUGCCAGAAACUUCAGAGGCCCUUUUCAUGGCAAUGAGACAACCAAAGAAACAACUGGGUGGAAAGCCAAGGGCUAAAGCAGGGGUCGGAACAGCCCCAUAAGUCUAACGAAGAACCCUGGUUCUGGCUCAGAGUCCUGGCUUUUUUAUCCUUUCAUCCCACUGGGGGAAUGCCUGGACCUUACUCAAGCCCAGAAGAAGAUCUGUAAAGGUGAGAAAGUAACCAAGCUUUUAAUGAACUCCCUGCCAGGCCUGUCCUACAUCCUUCCAGUGCUUUUUUCUCCCCACUCACUUGUUCUCAUUCUUUACCAAAACAACACAGACACAGACACAGACACACACACACACCCUCACACAAAA